AGUAGGCCCACGAUGCCAUGGAUACUGGGUGAGCCGAAUAGCCGAAAUACCUUGACCAAUAAACCUUCGUUUCUAGCGAACAGUGUGUCUUUGAUUUCCGCCGAAAGAUCAAUCAACCGCACACAGCCGCUCGUUGAAGCGGCAGCGGUGGCGGCGGCGUCGGUGCAUUUUAUGUGUGUUUUCUGUUCUGUAUUUGCCCGAGUGAACGGAUUUUACGAGAGCUGUGUAACGAAGUCCCGGGCACUGGCUUUAUACUGUCUAAGUCUCAGCAGUAGCGGAAGCGACCAUCGUACAACGUAAGCCCAGUUUACCGGUAAUGGGUUUGGCUGUGUUACGAAGGUUUUCUGCUGAUUGUUUUAAAAACGCAAAACACUCGAAACGCUCUCCCUUUAAGCCGAUUAUGUACCAUCGGUCUCGAACGUGGGCCGAACGGCGAUAGAAGCUGUCAUCGUUUCGCCUGCUCUAUGAAGGUCGAGCCAAACCGACAACCAGCUCAAUUGGAACGUAAAUUGGACCAGAUGACAUUGGUUUCCAUUUCUUUCGAAGAGAAAAAGCUCCAAAUUUGGUCUGUUCAACAAGCGAAGCAAAAACAAAGAUAAAGUUGGAAUUGUUGGAAUUUGUCGUACAGCAAAAUUUCACCAACCACCGUGAGCGGUACGAGACGCGAGCAACCAGUGGCAAAGCCCUGAUCGGACCCUGCAACACUUGCGUACAUACACACACAUACACACAUUCAUAGCAUACGCACACGUUAGCCCGUCCGCUCGUCACCAUUAAUCGUGGCUGUGUAACGUAAAAUGUACAAAAACUCUGACAGCCAAGCAAAACAUAAAUGCAAACUCUGGUGGAAUAGGGGUUGGAAACGGGAAAAGAGAAGAAAUACUGAAAUUACGAAAAAGAAAAGGCGAUCGAGUCGACCUAGUGGGCUGGUUGCUGGCUUGGGCGGAAAGCGUAUCAACGAUCGUUUUGGCAAAUAAAAAUUUGUUCUGUCAUGUACUUGAAACAACCGGUGGAAAAUGAUGUGUGUGUGUCUGUGUGUGUGAUUCAAAGAGACAGAGAGAG